GUCAUGUGAUACAAGGACAGUUUAUAAACCAGCUCAGAUUUGAUUCAGAGUUCAGUUUGAAUCAGAGGGUAUUGUAAUCUCUUAAAGGAUCCCCAGACUCACAGAACACAAAGGAAGGUCUUAAUCCAAAUAUGUCAGAUACAGAAGAAGUUCAAUAUGAGGAGAAUGAGGGUAUGGCCAUGGAUCAUGGAGAGGAAGAAGAGGCAAAACCAAAGCCAAAAGCUUUUCUGCCACCCAUGGUCCCUCCCAAAAUACCUGAUGGAGAGAAAGUUGACUUUGAUGAUAUCCACCGUAAGCGCAUGGAGAAGGAUCUGACAGAGCUCCAGUCCCUAAUUGAGGCACACUUCGAGAGCCGCAAAAAAGAAGAGGAGGAAUUAAUUGCCCUGUCCAGUAGAAUGGAAAACCGGCGGACAGAAAGAGCAGAGCAGCAGAGAAUCCGUGCAGAAAAAGACAGAGAGCGUCAGAACAAGUUGGCGGAAGAAAAGGCACGGAAAGAGGAGGAAGAAGCAAAGAAAAAAGCUGAUGAGGAUGCCAAGAAAAAGAAGGUUCUGACAACUUUACAGUUCACUGGAUACAUACAGAAGACAGAUAAGCGGGGAGCACCGAGGAAACAAACCGAGAGAGAGAAGAAGAAAAAGAUUCUUAAUGAGCGACGUAAAGAGCUCAAUGUUGAAGACCUAAAUGCUGAGAACCUCAGAGAGAAAGCCAACGAACUUUGGAAGUGGAUGUACCAACUCGAGGCAGAGAAAUUUGAACUGCAAUACAAACACAUACAUCAGAAAUAUGAGGUCACUGUUCUGAGAAACAGGGUCAGUGAUCAUCAGAAAAAUACCAAAGGACCCAGGAGCAAGAGAGGUUUGAGAAAAUAGAAGGCCAACACCAGUGGAACAUUUUAACAUGUCAGCGUGGCAAACAUAGCCUUCAACCAUGACCUUCUUGAGGGCAGACACAAUGGUGACAUGGCACAAUUAUGAUGAAAAAAUACUUUUGGAAGGAAGCUGCAUGACUGCAUUUGAUUCCAAGCAAUGUAUAGUACUAGUCAAAAGUUUGGACACACCUACUCUUUCACAGGCUUUUUUGUCUUUUGACAAUUUUUCUACAUUGUAGAACAAUACUGAAGACAUCAAAACUAUGAAAUAACAUAUGGAACAUAUCUGGAAUCAUGUGCUAAACAAAAAAGUGUUAAAAAAACAAAACAUGCUUCAUAUUUUAGAUUCUUCAAAGUAGCCAGCGUUUACCUUGAUGACUCUUUGUACACUAUUGGCAUUAUCUUAACCAGCUUCAUGAGGUAGUCACCUGGAAUGCUUUUCAAUUAACAGGUGCCUCGUCAAAAGUUAAUUAGUGGAAUUUCUUGCCUUCUUAAUGUGUUUGAGAUCAAACAGUAAAUAGUAAAUAAUAAAAAUACAGUAAAUAGCCCUCUUCCACAACUGUAGUAAUCCAUAUUAUGUCAAGAACUGCUCAGUUAAGUAAAGAGAAACGACAUCCAUCAUUACUUUAAGUCAUGAAGUGACUUUUAAUUAAUAAAAAUAAAGAAAAACCACAUAAGCCAGUUUUUUUUUUUUAAAGGGGGUUUUACCUAAAGCUAAAUAACUUGUACAGCUUCUGAUUGUAAGGACUUCAGUAGUUCAACAAAUGUGCUCAUCGUCACAUGAGCAACUGCACAUUCAUAACCACAGGUGCACAUUAUAAAACAAUAAAUCAUGAUGAAUGGUG